AUAGCUCGGCGCUCGGCGCGGCGCGCGGCGCGUCGAGGCGGUCGAUGGGCCAGCUGACUCGCCGCCGCGGCACCGGCCAUUUCCCGGCGGGGCGGCGCGGCGCGGCCCGGAGCGGAGCGCGGUGAGGGCGGCGGCUGGCGCCUGGGCUGCGGGGCAGAGCCCGUGCCGAGGCGCGGGUCUGUGCGGGCUUGGCCGUCGGCGUUGGCGAGGCCGCGGAGGGGGGGUCGGCGGGGCGCGUCUGCCCGCGGCCCGGGCUGCGAGGCGGCGUGAGCGGCAGAGCGGCCCUGUGUCCCCCUCCAGGCGCUGCGUCGCUCCCGCGGCUCCCUCCCCGGGCCCGACGGGCCUCCCCCGGCGGGGCCAUGCCGCCCAAGUUCAAGCGGCACCUCAACGACGACGAGGUCACGGGCUCGGUGAAGAGCGAGCGGAGGAACCUUCUAGAGGAAGAUUCGGAUGAAGAGGAAGACUUCUUCUUGAGAGGGCCUUCUGGACCAAGAUUUGGACCCAGGAAUGACAAAAUCAGGCAUGUCCAGAACCAGGUGGAUGAAGUCAUUGAUGUUAUGCAGGAGAACAUCACGAAGGUGAUUGAGAGAGGCGAGCGGCUGGAUGACCUGCAAGAUAAAUCAGAAAGCUUAUCAGACAAUGCAACAGCUUUUAGCAAUAGAGCCAAACAGCUUCGAAGACAGAUGUGGUGGCGAGGCUGCAAGAUGAAGGCGGUCAUAGCCCUGGUGUCAGUCAUUCUCCUGCUCGUGACCAUCAUACCCAUAGUCCUGAAGUACUAUUCCUGACUGGGCAGCUGGAAGCUUCAGUGGAGCUGGCUCUGGGAUAACCAAACUGCUGUGUAAUUUAAGUGAAAUAUCUGUAUAUAGCUUUGAAGUCAUUUUCCUCAAAGGAGCGAGAAGGCGGUGGCAAGUAGCCAGUUCUAACAGAGCAUUUCGAGAACUGCCAAAUGACCCUUUUUUUGGUCAAGUACCUGCUCCUGUUGUUAGACAUUUUUUGUAACAGAAGAUUCAGUUCCCAAACCACCCAUUUUGCUGAAUUCUGUGUCUCUGCUUUGGAUCUAGCUACUUGCCAUUAUGGUUUAUCUGUAUAUACGGUUAAGUUGUAAUGAUACCUACAGUUUGAGCAAUUCCCCACUGCCUGCUGUGGAGGGCAGAAGGGACUCUGUCCUUUCCUCAGAGCAAAGGAGGGGAAACAUGUCUUAAAAAAAAAAAAAAAAAAAAAGUACUAUUAUGUUACAGGGAACUGACCCUUCUGUGAAGAACGGCAAGGGUGUUGUUUUUCUCAUGUUCAAAAAAAAAAAAAAAGAAAAAGAAAAAGGAAAAAGUAAUUAGGUUUUACAAGCCAGAAGACUUUCUGAUCCUGCCAUGGGAAUGCAUAAGCUCAGUGUUUUCAGUAUUGCUGCUUACAGCUGUGACUAAAGACAUUCCAGUAAACCUAUUUUUGACUGUA